AUGGAGAGUAGUAGUGGUAGCUUUGAAAGCAAGAAGAGGAAGAUUUGCAAUGAUAAUGGUGAAAAAGAAGAAGACGAUGAUGAGGAAGAGAAGAUGGAGAAAUUCUAUGCUCUCAUCAACAACAUACGUGAGGCACGCGAUCGUUUCAUCAUCAACAACACCAAGAAGCGAAAGCUUGAAGGAGAAAAGCAUGUGGUUGCAGUGUGGAAGCCGUCGUUUCAACAUCAAGAUUUCAUGGAAAAAGGGAUGAUGAUCCUGAAGAAACCCACUACCAUGAGCGGCUUCACUGCUACUUCUCAAACCAAACAAGAAACUGGUAAUUAUGAUGUGGAAGCUGAGGGGGUUAAAGUUAAACAAGGAUUAGACCUUACGCUUUCCCUUUAA